UCUCAUAAGUUAUAAGUACCGUACCACUGUGCGGAGUACGGACCUGUUGCUCACUGUUGGUUUAUAUCAAGCCUUUACGAAAAUUAAUCUGCUUGGUAGAGCAAGAAUACGGUUUCGUUGGUAAAAAUCAUAAAAUUGUUAUGAGCCUUCACCGAGCAAUUGUUAAUUGAGAAAUCCCAGUUCGCGCUUUUAAAAAAAGUGAAGGCUAGUAAACUUUUGGCGGGAUAACAGUCAUAACACCACUGCUGUAAUUUCGUAAUGGUUAUAGUUUAACAGCGGUUUGGAGUUCUUUCGCUAAUUUCCACCUGUUAAUCACGACUGGAACAAAAUGUAAUGGUUAUGGAUUUACGGUUAUCUGGUGUUCCGUUAUCAGCCAUGAUCUUUCAUGGAUGCUGAACUGUUAUUUGCUGAAGUUACCUCCCCAAUACCGUGAUCUGAAUUUUGUUUUGUUGUUGGGGAAGUCCGUCUUAUUAUGCACUGGAAAUUAUACCAAGCAAUCUGGCUGUAAAUAUUCUGUUAGCGAGCAGCAUGAAUCUUGUUUCCUGACCUCGGUGUUGACAUCGAAGCUGAAUUUACUUUCUCAGGCAUGCCAGCACUGAUACUCUCUGCUGGUUGUAUAUGACUGGAACUGGACUACGAAAGCUGCCGUAGUGGCGUAGUCGGUAAUCCCUGAUCGCAUGCGAGUUUGACUGCACUGGAGAGACGAGGACAAGUGAGAGGAAGAAAGCGAGACAGGCAGAACCAGAGGCUUGUCUAAUAUCGUUACAUCAUGGCGGAAGAAGGGAGUGGAUCACACAUUAUCACCCGCCACGAGGGUCCUAAUCAGGUUAUUCAUAUCCGCGAGGAUUCAAAUGGCAUAUUAGAUGAAUUAUUCAAAGCGGGAGUGCAGAAUCCCAAAAUUCAAAACACAGUGCCUUUACGUGCGCGAAAUCUGCCUGCUAGCUUUUUCAUUCAGCCCAAAACGGACAAACCACUCAAUCCUCAGCCAUGUGUGCAUAUGCGAUCUCACUCAUCCCCGGCAUCUAUUACACAGACUUUAUCUCUUCCUCCGCAGUCUUCUAGUUCUUCCGUCAGCCAAGCACGCCCACCUCUUCCACAGGUUGCUACUCCGGUUAAUAAUCACUUCCGGCAGAAAAGUGUCCCCGUACCGCAUUCCCAGCCCCAGUACUUUCCCAGUAAUCUACCGGAUGGACGGAUCAUAUUUCAAAAUAAAUACACAUCGGAAGUGGUACCCGAUGGACCACGUAUUCGCGACCAGUUAUUUGGACCUCUUCCAGACGGCUGGGCGGAGUUGAAAGACGACCAUGGCGAAACUUAUUUUGUUGAUCACACUACGAAAACGACAAGCUGGUUUGAUCCGCGUUUACCUGAGGAGGUUCAGAAGUCUUCUGUCUAUAAUCGACAGCAGCGAGGUCAAACCUUAUCGCAGCAAAAUGGUUUUGCGCAAAAUGGAAUGUUUUCUGGAGCGACUAAUGCGCGACCGAUCAGCAGCAACCAACCGGUGCACUCACCACAGCAUUCGUUUUCCCAAUCUGUGAAUGCUAAUGCGAUUCCGGGCCAUAAUCAGCGCAUGAAUUUUUUAUCCAGUUCAUUUACUAACAGUGCAUAUUCGCAACCGAGUGCCGGAGCAGCUGGCCUGAGCCUUUCCCAUCACGUUCAGCAACAAAGUCCGUCUCAGACGGCUGUAUUGCCACAGCAAGGACACACGCUUUACACCACGGAGCUGGAGAUGGAGCGUGAAAUGUUGAAAAUGCGUCGAAGAGAAAUUCAACAGCAGCAGUUACAUAAACAACAGCAGAUGAAUAUGCAUCUGCAGAUGGGUCAUCCUUUACAAUCUCCGACGGACGCCAGUAUGCGACGUACUCCCGGAGAUUACGAUAUCGGCUCUCCAAUGUCUCCAGUGGCUAGUAUGCGACAGACUGAUCCUUUCCUGGGCGGUUAUCACGGCCGCCAAGAAAGCGGUGAUUCAGGAUUCAGUGCCAGUACCCCCAGAACACCGGAAAACUAUCUUGCUCAGACCAUGGACGAAUUAUCGCUGUACAAUGAGGGAUGGGAUGUCAAUGCGAUGAAUGUUACCUCAGGCGGAGCAGCUACUGCCCCAGCUUUACCACCCCAACAGACUUCCGCCAUGGAUUGUGGUCCGGACGAAUUUACGGAUUAUAUUUUCAAUGAUCUGGAAAGUGUUUUGGGUCAUACCGACAACGCUAACUCAAGCUAUACAGAUAUAACCUGGGUGUAGAUUCCGGAAGGCCACUCAAAUGAUGAUUAAAACAGAAUUCCCCUUUGAAAUUCCGUGCACGCUCUACAAGACAAGAGAUUCGAAAUUUAAACGCUUUAGUCUAUUUAAUAAAUAAACUGUAUGAUUCCGGUUGAUAUCUUUUUCUCAUCGAUUAUGGGCCAUUCCAUGUGAAUAAAAGUUGUUUUGAUAUUUUGCUAUUUGUUUGCUUCGUUUGUUGCCCCUGCAGUUUUUCGAAUAUUGUUAAGAUAGCCUGUUGGCAGCUUUUUGCAGUUUUUUCUCUAAUGUUGAUUGCAGCUCUUCACUGACAUUUUACCAUGUCUUGUAGAAGUAUUUUUGUGUAUUUAAAAUAGCAGCUGGGUAUUUUUGUACGCAAUGUUCAAAGGUUUAAUUUUGGCGUUGAAGCAUCUUCGAACUAGCUUUGUUGCAUGUUAUCCGUUGUAAGAUGUAUUGUUUGA